AUGGCUGAUGAACGUGGUAUACUCCAUGGCAAACAGACCGGCCCAUCUCAUUAUGGUGCCAUCGAUAACCCUCAAGAGGGAGAAACGUCAAAUGCAGAUGCCGUUGAAAUAAUUUAUGUCAACCCUAAAGGCUUUGAAUUUGUCAAAUACAAAUUACGUGAAGCUUUUGCCGAAUUAUUAGGCACUUUUGUCUUUAUCACAUUUGGCCUUGGUAGCAUUGCCCAGGCUAAGCUUGGUGAAGCUUUAGCUCUCGUUGUUUCCGGAAGUGUAUCAGGUGGUCAUCUGAAUCCUGCAGUAACAAUUACUCUAGCUACCCAUCGUAGUUUCCCAUGGUACAAGGUCCCUAUCUAUAUUCUCGCUCAAAUCACUGGUGCGUUUUUAGCUGCUGUGGUAAUCUUCUCAAAUUAUCAUGCUGCCAUUCUUGAAUAUGGUGAUGGUAAACUUAGUGUCACAGGAAGCAAUGCCACUGCUGGUAUCUUUGCUACUUAUCCACAGGAGUUCAUGAGUAUCGGAGGUGCAUUCUUUUCCGAAUUCAUUGGAACGUUCUUCUUACUCCUAAUCAUCCUUGCUGCUACCGAUGAACGUAAUUUACCAAAUACUAGAACGCUUUUUCCAUUGAUUGUCGGUUUAUCCCUUACCACGAUUGCAAUCUCUCUCGGAUAUGAAACUGGUUUUAGUUUAAACGGAGCACGUGACUUUGGUCCAAGACUAUUCACUUUCAUUGCUGGAUAUGGUGUCAAAGUUUUUUCUGCAUAUAACUUCUAUUUCUGGAUUCCACUUGUUGCUCCCGUUUUGGGAGGUUUGUUUGCUGGGCUCAUUUAUGAUUUAUUGAUUUAUUGGGGCAAGUCUCCCGUGAAUUCUUUGAUUGGGGCAGGUCGCGGGGAUAAUUAG